AUGUCUUCACUCAGCCAAAAUGACAUAUCAGCGAUAGGAGGUGUGUUGGCUUUACGAAGCCAUGAUAAAAUUGUCGACCUAGAUGAGCUGGUCGCUCGUACAGAUGACUCCAUUGAGAAUCUGCUCGGCAACUCUGAAAUCUACGGAAUUGAUGCAAACCGCUUCAUUGCGCAUGUGAACUCAGAAGAAGAGGAUCAUCACAUAAAAAGCUUGGAGAAGACUACCACCAGUAUGAAAGAUACAUCACCAGCAGGAGAUUCGUUGGGGCCGCAUUACUUUGGAGGGGCAGAAGCCAGCGGUCCCAUCGAAGAUUGUGGAAACUCCUCAACUGAAUUAGGACAUUGGAGAGAAUAUCUUGACGACUUCCCAGAAGAAAGCCUGUCACCAGUUCAAAUGUCAACCUCUGAAUCUGUUUCGGAAGGAGAUGAAGAACUCAAUGAGAACAUUUUCGGAAUGUAUUACGGCGAAGCUCCCACCUACGACUACUUGGAAGAUUGGGCUGCGGUUUCCAUAUCAGAUCGCGAUCUGGUGGCAGCACAAACGAAUAUGAGGAUCGACGAGUCGUUUGUGGAAAUCUCUGCCCCUUCAGAGACUCAUGUGGCUUCAUUAGACUCAUGGAUCGAUUGGAUCGAUUGGAGCAAGGCUCAAGUGGCUUCAUCAGAGUCAUGGAUGGAUUGGGCGGAAUGGAGCAAGUUACUUGACGACCAAAUAUCCAAUGAAAAGGAAAUCAAAGAAGCGGCAAAAGGAAUGCAGAAGAAAAGUAACUGGUGGUGCAAAGACUAG